AUGGAGGCAGAAGGCACAAACGGAGGCUCCGGGGGCCGUGCCCGUUUCAUCCCGUCCUUCCUGGUGUUCAAGCAGCUGUACGUGCUGCUCUGGAAGAACGUGUACAUCAAGCGGCUGCUCCGCCACUACACCAGCACGCUGAUAGAGAUCGCCUUCAUCGUGGCGCUGCUGUCGGGGAUCCAGGAGGACUCCGUGACACGGGAGCCGCUGGUGCGACGCCCCGAGACCCUGUACAAGCCGAUGCACGCGGACGCCUACUGGAACACGCAGCCGGACCUGGCCAACAUCACCAAGGUAAUGUACUACCCCGCACGUAACCGCUACCUGAACCGGCUAACGCGGGACGCCUUCGGCAAGCUGGGCGUCACACGCGUGAUCGGCUUGGACACGCUGCAGCAGCUGCAGGUACUACGGACACCGCGGGUCUCGCAGUCGAAAAAACUGCGUGCGGCCCGCUUCGUGGUGCUCCGCUACGCGGGCGUCGCCUACAACGACACCGACACCGAGCCCGUCAGCCUGCGGGUAUUGCUCAUGGCCAGGGACAUGCCUUUCGACGUGCAGGUGAACUACCGGCAGCGACUGAUCUCUCAGCCGGAGGGACCCGUCAACGAGGCGCGGUUUCCGGAGAUGCACACGCUGCUGCCCAUCAUGGGAGCGCUGCAGCAGCGCCACCUGGAACUGCAAGCCGAACGGCUGCACGAGCCGCCGCCGGAGGAGGCGCGCCUGCGCCGGUUCCCGUUCCCCGCGUACAUCGAGCACCAAGACCAGAAGAACUACGCCCUGGUGCUGACGCGCUUCUGCAUCGGCAUGCUCAUCCCGUUCAGCGUGCUCGUAGCCCGCCUCACCGACGAGAAGGCCUCCGGUAUGCAUGAGCUGCUUCGCUUGAUGGGUCUCAGCGACUGGGUGUACUGGGUGAGCCACUACAUGAGCGCCUUCUUCAUGCACUCCAUCAUCGUGUCGCUCAUGCUGCUUUUCACGUGCGUCAAGCGAAACGAGGAAGGACGCGCCUUCAUACAGUUCAGCGACCCCACGCUGCUCUUCGUCAUACUCAACUUCUUCUGCAGCCAAUGCGUCAUGCACGGCUUCGCCCUCUCCAUGCUCUUCGCAAACCCACAUUCGGCGAUCGCGGGCGCCAUGUUGUAUUGGACAUUCAGCAACGUGAUGCCCUUCCUGCUCCUGGAACACGCCGGCGGACAGGGCUACUACUACAUCGCCCGCCGGGACAAGCUGCUCACCGCCAUCUUGCCCGGAAUGAGCUUGCACUGGAGCUUUCGCGUCCUCGAGCGCUUCGAGAAGUUCGUGGAUCGCGGCGCGAACUGGGGCAACUUCUACGAUGCCGCCGAGACCCCGGACAACGUGACCCUCGCUGAGAUAGUGUUCGUGGGCUUCGCCUUCGACUGCAUCCUGGCGAUCUUCAUAUGGUACUUCGACAACGUGUUCUGCCUCGGACCGGGAGUCCACAAGCCUUUCUACUACCCGUUCAAGCUCGGCUACUGGCUACCGAGGAUGACCUUAGUCCCGCCACUACCGACAUCGAGGGGAGGUGAUGAGGCGCUCAACUUCGAAGCCGAGCCAACGUACCAGCCGGUGUCGGUUGAGCUCGUCAACGCAUGCAAGGACUACGACGGCGUAGUGGCAGUCGACGAUGUCUGCCUGAGAAUCUACAGCAACCAGAUCACCGUGUUGCUGGGGCACAAUGGUGCUGGGAAGACCACCCUGCUGAACAUGAUCACUGGCUUCGCGGACUGCACAUCGGGGACCGCGCUGGUUGGUGCCUACGACGUGAGGAUCUGCACGCGCGACUCUCGCCAGAGCAUUGGCUACUGCCCCCAGAACAACAUCUUCUUCGAGGACCUGACCGUCGAGGAGCACCUCGUGUUUUUCGCGGUCAUCAAGGGGAUCCCGCUGAAUAAGGUACAGCUGGAAGUGGUGACCCUUCUGAAUGAUACCAAUCUCAUGGACCACCGCUCGACGCUGGCCGUCAACCUGGUGCCCGGUCUGCAGCGCCGCCUCUGCACCGCCAUUGCCAUGGUGGCCACGCCCAAGUUGGUGAUCCUGGACGAGCCGACGACGAACGUGGACCAGGACGGCUGCCGCGACAUCUGGGAGCUGCUGCUGAAGCUUCGGCGCACCACGUGCGUCGUCAUGACGACGCAGCAGCUGUACGAGGCCGACAUGCUGGGCGAUCGCGUCGCCGUCAUGGCCAAUGGACGCAUACGGUGCUGCGGCGCGCCGACGUUUCUGAAGCAGCGCUUCGGCACGGGCUACCGCAUGAACAUCACCAAGAUACCGCGUAAGUGCCAGGUGCCGACCAUCACGGCCAUGCUGCGCAAGUACUCGCCCAAAGCGCACGUGCAGAGCGACUCGGACAACGAGGUGGUCUUCGUCAUCGGCCAGAUGAUCGCCACCAGGACCCUCAUCGAGAUGUUCAGGGAUUAUACCCAACGCAUGCAGGACCUGGAGUCCCGCACCGAAGAGCUGGGCAUCGAGUCUGUCGGCCUGACCAUGACGUCGCUGGAAGACGUGCUGAUCCGGGUGGGCGAGGAGUACCACGUGCACCGCUCGCAGCGCAAGAAGGAGGGCGAGGCCGACGCCGCUGGCGCCGUCGAGGUCAACGAACGCCACCUGAAAACCCUGGCGAACACGAAGGCGUCGCGGGCGUCCCUGUGGGCUCGCACGCGGGCGGUGUUCGUGAAGCGUUCCAUCCACGCGUGGCGCGAGAAGCGCAUGCCGCUGUUCAGCUGGGUGCUUCCCCAGUUCCUGCUCACCGUGCUCUUCCUUCUCGAGAUCUGGGGACUGCACGGCUCCUCGCGCGACGUCCUCCACGUAGGCGACACGCUCAAGUACAGCUUCCCGGUCGUCAUAGGACUCGCUCAGGGAUUCGAGCAAGCCGACAUCGAGGAUAAAUUUCGCGAAGCGUACCUGGAGCCACUGUUCAAGUCCGCGACCCGGUUCUCCGUGGAACGCCUGCCGGUGUCCACGGACAUCAAUUACUACUUGCUGGACAUGGCCAGCGACCAUUUGUUCAAUUACGUUUUCAACACGCACUUCGGCUACCAGAUGACCAAGGCGACCGGUACCGUGCUGUGGUACAACGGCCAGAUCCAGCACACGGCGCCGCUGGUGUUGACGGCGUACAAUAGGGCUCGGCUUCGCAACAUCACCAAGUCGGCGGACGCCGAUUUCAGCUUCGGCGUGGUCUCGGCGGCGCCCGCCAACGUCUCGUCCUCGUCUUCGAAGAGCGAGAGCGAGCUGAUCCGUAGCCAGAACACGUACCGCGAGGUCCUUCCCAAGGUCCUUCGCUCCAUCUUCCUGCCGCUCGUCUCGAGUCUGAUGUGCAGCAACUUUGUCCUCUUUCCCAUCGCCGAGAGGGCGCUGCUGGUGAAGCACCUGCACCUGUUGACGGGUCUGAGCCCGUCGCUCUACUGGAUUCUCAACUUCGUCUUCGACUUCCUCUUCUACAUUGUCACCGCCCUAUGCAUACUUCCGACGCUGUGGUUCUUCCAGGCGGGAACGCUCACCGUCACAGACAUCAGCCUUAUUUUCGCGCUGAACCUGCUGCACGGAUACGCGGCGCUACCCUGUAUCUACCUGGCAUCUUUCCUGUUCGAUAAUCCGGGACAUGGCUUCUCGACGCUCGCCGUCGUCACGUUCGUCUUAUCGUCCGUCGGCUGCCUGGGCGAGGUGUUCAUGGAGCACUACGCGCACGAAGUGAACAACGCCGUCGUCUCGUACGUGAUCGGCACGGCGCGCAAGGUGACCCGGCUGCUGCCCUCGUGCUCGUACGCCCGAGCCAUGACCAAGAUCCUGCAGCUGGCCGCCGAGAGUUCGGUGUGCCACGUGGGCGGCAUCGAGCUCGAGAGCCAGUGCAACAGCAAGGUCACCGACACCAAGCUCUCGCUCAAGCAGUGCUGCGAACACAUGAACAGCCCCAACCGGACCGCCUACCUGAUCCACCCGUUCGACAAGAACAUGUACUCGGCCUACUACGAGGUGAUCGGGCUGUCGUUUCAGGGCGCCGCGGUGUUCGUGAUGCUGCUCAUCGUCGAGUCCAUGCUCAAGGUUUGGGAACGCGAGCUUACCUCGCUGGACGACGAGGCAUACACGUCGCCACAGUCCUCACAGCAGGCCACCAUGAUGACGCGCGGACUCGCCCAGAACAUGAAGAACAAGGGCGCCCACUUAGAAGACACCGAGGUCCAGGCAGAGAACAAUGUGGUCGAGGACGCCGUGACGGGUAAGCUGCCGGCUGUACCGGGACUCAUGUGGCCCGUGAUGGUCGUUCGUCGCUUGCACAGAUCUUACGGCAUCUUCGAGAGCAACGUAGUGCUUCGGGGACUGGGCUUCACGGUGCGCAGAGGCGAGUGUUUCGGUCUCCUCGGUGCCAACGGGACGGGAAAGACUACGACGUUUCGGAUACUGACGGGAGAGAUCUUGCCGCACUCCGGCAACGCCUUCAUUGGCACUUCAUCCAUCGUCGAAGACACUGUGCAGUUCCAGCAACACCUGGGAUACUGUCCUCAAAGGGACGGCCUGCUCGACAUGCUCACGGGCGUGGAGACGCUGACGCUGUUCACACGUCUCAAGGGCAUCACAAUGACGUCCAACUAUCUCAACACGCUCCUCCAGGUGUACCGCCUCGAAGAUAUUGCCGACCAGCUCGUGGGAACCUACAGUGCUGGCAGCCGCCGCAAGCUGUCGCUGUGCAUCUCCAUGAUGGGCACGCCCCAAGUGCUGCUGCUGGACGAGCCGUACGUGGGCGUGGCACCCAUGGCUCGUAGGCGCGUCGUCAACUACAUCAGCGCGCUGCAGCGCGUGGCCAACAUCUCGGUGGUGCUCACGUCCCACAGCCUGACGGACGUCGAGUUCCUGUGCAACCGGAUGGCCGUUCUCGGAGAUGGCCAACUGCAGUGCCUCGGCUCGCUGCCGCAGCUGAAGGCCAAGUUCGGCAAGGGCUACACCAUCACUGUCAAGACCUACCCGGACCGAAAGAACGACGAGGUCUACCAGCGACAGGUCAUCUACUCCGUCUGGGCAGCCUUCCAAGGCUCCGAACUGGUGCACUCGUACGAGGGCGUGCUGGAGUUCCGCAUCUCGUGGGUUCGCAUGCCAUGGAGCAAGAUGUUCAUCCUGAUGGCGCGCAUCAAGAAGCAAUUCAAGCUGCUCGACUUCUACAUCGCCGACACGUCGUUAGAGCAGAUCUUCCUCAGCGUGUCCCGCAAGGAGGCUAGCGAUGCGGCCACCGCCGCCGCCUUGCAGCAACAGCAGGAACAACAGAAGCCCCUCGCCGUCCACCACAUCAUGGCGUCCGCACUGGGCAUCUGAAGGGGGCCUCGCCACCGGUCGUCGUCAGCUAUACGCCAGCAACGCCC